GUGCUUUUGAAGUGUGUUGGAAGAAUGUCUGAAAGGAUAGACACUACAGAGAAUAGUACAGGGAUAUUUCCUAAGAAUGCUACGUGUGACAUUCAAUACGCCUUCAACUAUCGGAUAUUCUCAACUGUCUAUCUCUUGGUGUUUGUCCUGGGCCUGCCCAUAAACUGUAUUGCCCUUUACACAGCCUACAAGCAAAUAAGGCGCAAGCAUGAACUGGGAGUAUACCUCUUCAAUCUGACUGUGGCUGAUCUGCUCUAUAUACUAACCCUGCCCUUCUGGAUCGAUUUCACUAUGAACCAUGACAAUUGGCGAGCUGGUGCUACCAUGUGUCGUAUCUGCUCCUUUUUGACCCACACAAAUUUAUAUGCAAGCUCUGUCUUCCUGUGCUGUAUUUCCUUUGACCGUUACCUCGGGGUGGUUCAUCCUAUGAAGUUGACUAGAGCCCGCACGAUGAGAGCAGCAAUCACAAUCAGCUGCAUUGCCUGGCUCAGCCAAUCAGCAUUCAAUCUUGAACUAUUGAUCCAACCAGAGAUAGCCAAUGAAUCCACAAGUCACAAGUUGUGCUACGAUAUCUACCCCAUUGAAUCUUGGAAGGCAAAUCUCAACUAUUUCAGGAUUUUCUUUGGAUUCCUGCUCCCAUUUGCUCUGAUCUUCAUCUUCUACUGGAGAAUUUACAGCUCAGUGAGGAACAGUAUUGCUACUCUGCACCAUGAGAAGAGAAGAGUGGUGAAGCUGAUGCUGAGCAUCACAGUGGGUUUCACCAUCUGCUUCUUCCCCUACCAUACCCUGCUGUUGGUCCGGAGCAUCAUGGAGAAGGACUGCACCUUUGUAAGCUACAUCUUCAUCCCUUACCGAUUAUCGGUGGCUCUCGUCUGCAUGAAUUGCAUCCUGGACCCAAUCCUGUAUUGUUUUGUGAAUGAGACAGCACGCAGGGAUAUCCUACUUGUCAUACUGUUCAGGAAAGGGAACAAUGCCUGCAGAGACAGAAAACUGCAAGCCAACAAUAUGUCAGAGACUGUGAUUCUUUAAUAAAAACAAAGAAUGCUGCAAAUGCAGUAUCUGUGGCAGGAGAAAAAAAGAGUUAACAUUUCAGAAAGAAUGACGUCUUGUCAGAACCAAGAGAAGUUAGAGAUUGAACAGGUUUGAAACAAGAUCAGAGUUUGGGGUAAGUGGAGGAUUGGGAGGAAAAAGCAUCAGACAACUCCAACAUUGCAACAUCAGUAUAUUAACACGCUGAAUACACUCUCCAUUCGUUUGUAAUUAUGGAAAAGUGAAAGGAAUUGUAGGAUUCACUUGUGUCAUGAUCGAGGUUAAGGCCAAGCAUCCGAAUUUAGGAAAAGGCAACAUUUAGCUUCUACAGCAUGCAGAAACUCAAAGAACUGGCCAUUCACCACAAGCCCAAUUAGCUGCCCAAAACAAAAACAGAAAUUGCUGGAAAAGCUCAGCAGGUCUGACAGCAUCUGUGGAGAGAAAUCAGAGUUAACAUUUUGGAAAAUGUUGCUUUUUAUGCAGAAGAUAGGAUGGGGGGAGAGGGAAAGUAGUAUACAACAGGUGGGAACAGAGCCCAAAGAGAGAGAACAGUUGGACAGACAAAGGACUAGAUAAUGAUCUGGCUAUGUGGGUGAAUAGCUAUUAAUGGGGACUGUUAGCAACUAACAAUGGGUUGUGCGUAAUAGCAGAUUAUGCGAUGACAAGUCUUGGUCUGCAGAGGUUUGGGUAAGGACAUAGGAGACCUCAGGUCCAGGAAUUGUUGAAUUCAGUGUUAAGUCCAGAAGGCUAUGCAGUUCCCAAGCGAAAAAUGAAAUGCUCUUCUUCCAGCUUGCGCUGACCUUCAUUGCACUAAGCCUGAGACAGAGAUGUUGGCCAGGAACCGGAUGGUAUGUUGAAGUAGCAGGCAACUGGAAGGGUCUAUUUUGUGGGCAGAACAUAUGUGUUCUGUGAAGCAGUCAUCCAGUCUGUACUUUGUUUCACCAAUGUAGAGGAGACCACAUUGUGAGCAGUGAAUACAGUAGACUAGGUUGAGUCAAGUGUCCUUGGAAACUAAGGAAGGACAGGGGUUAUACUUAUGCAGUCGCAGGAGAAGGUGAUCUAGGGCCAUGGGGAAGCAUUGCCCAAAAAGCUGCUGGUUUGGUCAGCUGCUUGACACUACCUUCGCCAUCUUUUAACAAGAAAUUGAACAGGCUCGUUAUAUAGGAUGAAGACCAAAAGAACUGCGGAUGCUGUAAAUCAGGAACAAAAACGAAGUUGCUGGAAAAGCUCAGCAGGUCUGGCAGCACCUGUGGAGGAGAAAACAGAGUUAACAUUUCUGGUCUGGUGACCCUUCCUCGGGGCUCAUACUCACCAAAGCGAAGGAAUUAGUGGGAGAUGAUCUCAGGGAAGGAAGUGUUGAGUUUCUGCACCAAGUUGCUAUUAUAGAGGAACAUCCUUUAUUGGCAACAGCAAAGUUGCUGGAAAAGCAUAGCAGGUCUGGCAGCAUCUGUGAAUGAAAAAACAAAGUUAACAUUUUGGGUCAGAUGACCCUUCCUCAGAACAGAUGAAGGAACAGUUCUGAGGAAUGAGGAGCUUUUUCAGCAACUUUGUUUUCAUUCCUCAUUUACAGUAUCUGCAGAUCUUUCAGUUUAUCCUUUAUUGUCAUGUGGAUUCAAUAUAAAAUACAGUGAACAAUGUGUACCAUGCUACGCAUAAACACCAUUCACAUUAACUUAGAAUAAUGUGGAGAUGCUGGUGUUGGACUAGAGUGAGCAAGGUCAGAAAUUACAGAGCACCCAUUACCGUGUUAUAGUCUGAGAUAACAAAGUGUGGAUCUGGAUGAACACAGCAGGCCAAGCAGGUUAUAGUCCAACAGGUUUAUUUGAAAACACACUCUCAGUCUCACUCACUCCGGCUCACGCACAUGCACACACACAUUCACUAACACACUCUCACUCUCACUCCGUCUCGCGCAUAUGCACGCACACAUUCACUAUCUCUUUGCCUCACACACACACACACAUUCACUAUCUCUCUUGCUCACACACUCUCUCUCUCUUUCUCUUUCUCACACACACACACACACACACACACACACACAGGUGAAUCUAUGCAGUGAAUUUGUAUUUGCAGAUACAUUCUAUUUUGUUCAUAAACACAUUUUUUAGACAGUCAAUGUGGCAUUUUAUAAAUUCCUGCUUUAGAAAUAAAACCAGUCUGACUCCAAACUAAAACACAAACAGACUCUAAACAAAGCCUCGCACGUAACAUACAUUGUCUGACCCCAAAGAUAACAAAGUGUGAAGCUGGAUGAACAUAGCGGGCCAAGCCACAUCUGAGGAGCACAAAAGCUGACGUUUCGGGCCUAGACAUCACCUCUUCGUUACACUGAAAAACCUUUAGUUCUGUGAAGAAAGAACUCUCAGGGCAGUGACUUCAAAGGAAUUUGGAGAUUUACAUAUACACGUUAAUCAAUUAAAACCAUCUAAAUGAUUAAAGAUUUAACAACAUCUUAGGUUUGUUUAAUGCAUCCUCAUCAGUUGCGUGACCCUUCA